CACCGCUUGCCAGGUGCACGCAUGCACGACUCAGUGCCAUUGACGACAUCUCCGAUGCUGUUCAGGCACCGCUUGAAGCUGUCGGGUUGAGCUUGAGCAGUGUUGCCCAGCAUGUCAUAAAAGCUUCCCACGUCCGCCAAAACGCGUCUGGCUUUGGUGAGGUAGGUGAUCGCUCUACCGUCUUGUCCAUCUCUGUCUUCAAGACCUCUUCAAUAUGAAGGUCUCCUCUAUCCUCUCCGCGCUCUCGUGCGCGGCAGUCGCUUCGGCGUACUGGACCAAGAACCUCAACUACCGCUCCCCUUCAGAGAACCACCCAGGUCUGGGUAUCUCACUCCACAAGGUCAACAAGAGGAACACCUUGGACAAGGCCUUCAAUGCCUCCAUGCUCAACUUCACCCAUGGCGUUGCCUCCGGUGACCCAUACUCCAACUCCGUCAUCCUCUGGACGCGUGUGGCGCCAAUGUACGCCGACGUGAACGACAACUCCACCGUCAGCGGCUAUGUCCCUCUCUACAACCCAGUCCCGAUCACCAACAACAUGUCCACUGCCCCAGUGUGCGUGCAAUUCAAGGUCGCCCGGACCCCCAACUUUGCUGUGGUCGAGUCGAGCGGUACGGCCUUCACCUCUUCCGACAUCGACUACACCGUCAAGGUCAACGCUGGCAACUUGACUGCGUUCACCCAAUACUACUACCAGUUCAACGUCUGCGGAUCCAACUACACCAGCCCCAUCGGCAAGACGAAGACCGCUCCUGCGCCGAGCGACUACGUCAGCAAGGUCGGCCUUGCCAUCUUCUCAUGCAGCAACUACCCGUUCGGCUACUUCAACGCCUACGGCAACCCGGCGCGCAAGGGAAGCGUUGACUACGUGGUCCAUCUCGGUGAUUACAUCUACGAGUACGCCGGCAACGGCGACUACGGUCACGGCUACUCGAUCAACCGUGUCCCGCAACCUGCUCACAUCAUCUACACGCUCAAUGACUACCGUCAGCGUUACGCUACGUACCGUAACGAUCCCGACCUGCAACUCUCUCAUCAGACGAACGCGUGGAUCCCUGUCUGGGACGACCAUGAGGUUGCGGACAACACCUACCGUGAUGGAGCAUCAGAGUUGAACAACACCGAGGCUUCGUUCGUCUCCGAUGGUGGCGUCUCUGUUGAUCAGCGCAAGAUGAACGCCGUCCGUGCCUACUUCGAAUGGAUGCCCAUCCGCCAAGUUGAGAUGGACGACAACCUCCGCAUCUGGCGCUCGUUCUCCAUCGGCUCCCUGUUCGACCUGAUUAUGCUCGAUACCCGCCAGUACGACCGCUCCAUCACCGAUCUCUACUGGAACACCGACUACAUUCACCAGAUCUCCAACGAUGCUGGCCGCUCAAUGAUGGGCAGCCGCCAAGAGAACUGGUUUUACAACCAACUCGCCACAUCCGCCAACCGCGGUGCUCGCUGGAGAGUCAUUGGCUCGCAGACCGUCUUCUCCAAGGUCAAUGAGUCGCUCGCCUACGGAAACGUUGACCCGCUCGACUACGAUGCUUGGGACGGCUACCAGAGCAACCGCAACCGCACGCUCAGCUUCAUGACGCAAAACAACAUUGGCAACAACAUCGUCAUCUCCGGCGACAGCCACGCCUCGUGGGUCUCUGACCUCGUCUGGCUCGACCACGCCAACUACUCCUCCGACACCGGCGCGGGCGGCCUCGGCGUCGAAUUCGCCGGCUCCGCCGUCUCCUCCCCCUGCCCCUACGGCCAGAACAUCACCCUCGCCGCCGCAAACAACUACUCGCAAUGGCUGGAGGGCGCCAACCCAGAACUCCACUGGAACGACCUCUACUACCGCGGCUACUUCGAGAUGCAGCUCUCCUACUCCCAAGUCAACGCCUCUUUCUUCGGCCUGCCGACGCUGCUUAACCGCAACCCGUACGAGAUCAGCUUGGCCAACUUCACCGUCAACAGCGGCGCCAACAGACUGGCCCGACCAAUCUCGGGUGGUAUCGCUGAGAGCGGUGCGCUGAAGAACGGUACCAUCAGGCAAACGAAUAUUACGAAUAACACUGCUACGGGUGUUUGGUUCGUUGGUGCGAACAACAUCACCCAGGAUACCUCUUAAAGGAAGUUAAAAGGGGUGCAAGAGCGUUAGUUACGAUACGAACUGACGGCUCGGCUGAAUGAUGAUUGUGGAAAAGCAUGAAGGCAUUGUGCCAUAUGAAGCAAUGUCAUGUACAUAGAAUGAUGAUAUGUA